AUCAGGGCCAUGGACACACAAACUUUAGAGAAGGCAGCCGUGAGGAUCCAGUCAUGGUGGCGUGGCAACAUGGUGCGCCGGACGCUACUGCACGCAGCACUCCGGGCCUGGGUCAUCCAGUGCUGGUGGAGGUCGAUUCAGGCCAAGACCCUGGAGCAGAGAAAACGCCUGGCACUAAGACUUUACACCUGCCAAGAGUGGGCAGUGGUGAAGGUGCAGGCCCACGUUCGGAUGUGGCAGGCCCGCAAACGCUUCCUCCAGGCCCGACAAGCUGCCUGCAUUAUCCAGGCUCACUGGCGCUGGCAUGCCAGCCAGACAAGAGGCCUGAUCCAGGGCCACUAUGAGGUCAGAGCCGGGCAGAUGGAGCUCGACAUCGAGAUCCUCAUGACCUAGGACACCACAAAGCCAAAGAGACUGGAUCUCUCUCCUAAUAAAGACAAUUA